UUAGUUCAGAGCCCUCUUUGAUUCCAAAUAGCUGCAGCCUAGCGGGCUGGCUCAGAGAGGAGGGCAGGGGGUGGUAAACAGUGCAGAAGGCCAGUUAGAGAAAGGAGAGAAGGAGAGAAACAGGAGACCAUAAAGAGGAAAAAGUGAGAAGAAAAGAAAGUUCUAGGUUUGAAGGAAGACUAACUCACUGUACACGAGGAAGGAAGACAGAAGGAAGCAUGGGGUCAGAGAAAAGUCCAGUGGGGUCUGGUGGAGGGCAGAAGAAGGCCAAGGCUGACCGAGGAGGCCCAGACGCUGAGGGACGCCAUACAUGUUGCGGUUGUCGCUUCCCGCUUCUCAUCGCCCUGCUGCAGCUGCUCCUCGGCAUCACUAUCACGGUGGUGGCCUUUCUCAUGACCACCAUCAGCCCCUCUCUGCUGGCCAGGGAGACACCUCAUUGGGCUGGAAUCAUUUUGUGCAUUGUAUCCGUGCUGGGUUUUGUGCUCUAUUUCAUCACCUAUCUGCCUGAUGAGAGGACCUACACACAGUUCAUCAUAAAGCUUUUGUACUUCCUCCUGUGUUCAGUGGGACUAGUCAUCUCCAUUGUAGUCAUCGCCUUUCAGGGCCACCACUACUCUCUGACCAAUGGCUUCAUAUGCAGGGAGAUACGCCAGGACUGUAUAUGCGCCUUGGAGCCAGAGGACCCCAUCGCACGCACCUUCGCCUACACCGGGGUGACAGACUGCACUGCCGUCACAAGCACUCUCAUGCUGUACUACCUGCUGCAGAUGGUGUUGAAUCUGGCGCAGGCAAUCGUCUGCUUGUUAGGAGCAUUUAUCAUGUGGAAACACCGCUAUCAGGUGUUCUUCGUGGGAUUGCAGAGGGGUUCACCCUCUACUCAGCAAUGGCAGAAGGUUUAAGAGCAGGACAGGGACAAAGGCUUGGCACAAGGAAAAAGGACAAAAGUUUUGCUGGGAGCAAAACAUGUGAAACAGUUGAGUGUGUGGUGUGUCGAGGGAAAAUCCAGAUUUUACCACAGCAUGUCUAUUUGUGUGAGUGUACAGCUGAAGAAACACUUUGCAUGGCGUGGCAGUAGCAUACUGUACAGUGGCAGUAAAUUACAGUUUCCUGUCCUUUUUAAGGCUCCUGUAUUUUUCUGUAUUGGCGUCUGGACGUUUCCACUAAAAUAAAUGUAUCCUUGCUUUUG